CGGUUUCAAUCAAAUACUUCCAUAGGUGUCUUCUUAGCUCCAUUCUUUUUGUUUCUAAGCAACUCUCAAAAUAUGGCCCCGGGAAUAGGCAGUGCAAGAAUGGCUAAAGUGCUAUUACUGUGUAUGUUCGUGCUUCACUCUGAUAUAGCUUAUGCAGCUAUCCACAGAGUUGGAGAUGCAGCUGGUUGGACUUUUCAGGUUACCAACUGGCCUAACGGAAAGCAAUUUAUGUCUGGCGAUAUACUCGUAUUCAACUAUGCAGUUGGAGCACAUAACGUGGUAGUGGUGAACAGGGCCGGUUAUCAGACAUGCAGUACUCCGCCAGGAAGCAAGGUGUAUGUGUCAGGGAACGAUCGAAUCACGCUCACCAAAGGAUUGAACUACUUUAUUUGUAAUUUUCCUGGCCACUGUGAGGGAGGGAUGAAAAUUGCAGUCAAUGCUAUAUGAGAUUUCGUGUUUCAUAUGAUGAUUAUUUUAUAAGCUUAAUCAAUAAUUAUUAUCAAUGA